CUGUGGCCGGGGCGUACGGCGGUGCCGUUAUGGCGGCGCCCGUGCUGCGCUCGCUCGGCUCCCUGCUGUGUCUCUGGGCGCUGUGGCUCCCGGGGCCGCCGGCGGGCUCCGGCGCGGCCGCCCGCGGGCUGGAUGUGGCGUCCUACCGGGAGCGAGUGCGCGCCAUGUUCUACCACGCCUACGAGCACUACCUGGAGAGCGCCUUCCCUUACGACGAGCUGCGGCCGCUCACCUGCGACGGGCAGGACACCUGGGGCAGCUUCUCCCUCACGCUGAUCGACGCCCUGGACACGCUGCUAAUCUUGGGAAACGUUUCUGAGUUCCAGCGAGUCGUUGGUGUGCUGCAGGAAGGGGUGGAUUUUGAUAUUGAUGUCAAUGCAUCUGUCUUUGAAACUAACAUUCGAGUGGUGGGUGGCCUCCUCUCAGCUCACUUGCUGUCCAAGAAGGCUGGUGUUGAGGUGGAAGUGGGCUGGCCAUGCUCUGGGCCUCUCCUGAGAAUGGCAGAGGAAGCAGCUCGCAAACUCCUACCAGCUUUUCAGACCCCAACUGGGAUGCCCUAUGGAACAGUGAACUUGCUGCAUGGUGUAAAUCCUGGGGAGACCCCAGUUACCUGUACUGCUGGAAUUGGGACAUUUAUAGUGGAAUUUGCCACUUUAAGCCACCUCACUGGUGAUCCAGUGUUUGAGGACAUUGCCAGGAAGGCUUUGAAGGCACUGUGGAAGAAUCGCUCAGAUAUUGGGCUGGUUGGCAACCACAUUGAUGUGAUAACUGCCAAGUGGGUGGCCCAAGAUGCUGGCAUUGGGGCAGGAGUGGACUCCUACUUUGAAUACCUUGUCAAAGGAGCCAUUCUCCUGCAGGACGAGGAGCUGAUGUCCAUGUUUCUGGAAUAUAACAAAGCUAUCAAAAAUUACACAAAGUUCGAUGACUGGUACCUCUGGGUUCAGAUGUACAAAGGAACAGUGUCCAUGCCUGUGUUUCAGUCCCUCGAGGCCUACUGGCCAGGCCUACAGAGCCUAAUUGGGGAUGUAGAUAAUGCCAUGAGAACCUUCCUCAACUACUACACUGUCUGGAAGCAGUUUGGUGGGCUGCCAGAGUUCUACAACAUUCCCCAGGGCUACACAGUGGACAAGAGGGAAGGAUAUCCACUCAGGCCUGAGCUGAUUGAGAGCGCGAUGUAUCUGUACCGUGCUACAAGAGAUCCCACACUCUUGGAACUGGGAAGGGAUGCAGUGGAGUCAAUAGAGAAAAUCAGCAAGGUGGACUGUGGAUUUGCAACUAUCAAAGACUUGCGGGAUCACAGGCUGGAUAAUCGCAUGGAAUCCUUCUUUUUGGCUGAAACAAUCAAAUACUUGUACUUGCUCUUUGACCCAGACAACUUCAUUCACAAUGAUGGAUCAGACUUUGAUGUGGUGAUUACACCAUAUGGGGAAUGCAUCUUGAAUGCUGGAGGAUACAUCUUCAACACUGAAGCUCAUCCCAUCGACCCUGCUGCCCUGCACUGCUGCAGGAAGCGUAAGGAAGAGCAGUGGGAGGUGGAGGAUUUGAUGCGGGAAUUCUACUCACUGAAGAAACCCAAGAAAUUUACUUUAAAAAGAGCUUCCACCCAUGGUGAAGGGGAAGGUGCAAAAGACCCUGAAGAUGCUUCAUCAGAGAAAGGUAGAGAGAAGAGGAACUCCAAGAAGAGCUCACACUCCCUUCUGAGUUGCCCCAGUCAGUCUUUUAACUCUAAGCUUGCAGUACUGGGACAGGUCUUCCUGGAUAACACCUGAUUCUGUUUUCCUCAUCAAUUUAAAUUAUUGAACUUGAGUCAGACUCUGGGAAUAUACUUUUUUAGUUUCAUAAUGGAAAGUGUUGUACCUCACAAUGUGAAUUUUAUUAGGAAGUGAAGCAGCUUCCCAUUAAAUUCUGCUGCUGCAUUCAUCAGAUGUGAUUCAGGUA